UUUUUCAGACGAGGUUAAAAUGGCUGCACUUCACGGCGGAGAUGGUGGCAACGACCCUCCAAAUUGGGGGUGGAACCCCGAAUGGGGUUGUAGGCGUACGGGUGGUAUUAGCACAGGGAGAGCUGCUGCUGCUAACAACGAUCUGGAGCGCGAGUUUCAGAAUUCGGGACGCCGAAUCUCGCUUAUGUUAAAUAAAGAUCUCAGUAGGUGGCAGGCAAUUGGGGACCACGCCAAGUGGUACAAGAGCUAUUUGGGGACCUAUGUCGCUACCGUCCCACAUAAUUACGAGUCGUGGGAUCAGGUGCCCCAGCCCAUCAAGGAUGGACUUACUGACUGGCUUAUGAUGCUAACUAUUACUACAAAAUCGCGGAGACGGUUCUACUUGGAACCAUAUCUAGGUCACCCAGAAAAUCACUCGUUACGAGAGGCCGUGACCAGGAUGAUUCGUCAGGAUGCCCUGAAGAUCUACAGGGAUAAAAAAGCAAAAUUCAAGAAGACUUGGUUCACUGACAGGGGUGGGUCACAGAGGCUGGCAGAACUGGAGGGUCAACCUCCGUGUGGGAUGCCUCCAUAG